AGUUGUGCAUACACGCGGGCUUACUACUUACGCGCUCAUUCCAAUAAACAGUAUUCAUACACUGUAAAUUUAUGUAGAAUUCACAGACAUUUUAGAAUUUUUCUUCGAAAUUUGUGGAUUAAUGUACGAAAUAAAUGCGAAAACUGCAUAUAAUACAUUAGGACUGGUAUUCUGCGGCUUGCAACUAACUUUCCUGUAUUCCUUGUUACGUGACUUUUAAUUAUUCGAUUAAGUAUCGCUUAAAAUUUCCCGAAAUAAUUACGGAAUUAUGAGCAGUAAACUCAUUGAUGUUGAUGUGAAUCUGCUUGAUUCAACCACACGGAGCUUCCAUCUUCCCCUUCGUGCAAUCGGACAUGAACUGUACACAAUGGUGGUUGAACAUCUUCAACUGGUCGAAUAUGAUUAUUUCGACUUAGAAUAUAUUAAUAAGGAUGGUCUUCAUUGUUGGUUGGAUCAUUCAAAAGCUGUAAACAAACAAGUGAACCUAUCGAAAAGAUUUCUGUAUUCUUUUGUUGUGAAAUUUUACACACCUCAUCCAAAUUUAUUAGAGGACGAGUUAACCAGAUAUUUAUUUGCUUUACAAAUCAAAAAUGAUCUACGCUCUGGUCGGCUACAAUGCAGUGAAAGUACUGCUGCUCUUUUAGCUGCUUUUGUUGUACAAGCUAAAGUCGGUGAUUUUCUAGAGGAUAUCUACCAGGAUCAUUCCUACUUGAUCGGCUUACACCUAUUGAAUCAACCCAGUGAAGAUAUGCUAAAGAAAAUUGCUGAAUGUCAUCGUAAUCUUAUAGGACAGACACCAGCUGAAGCCGACUAUAAUUUAUUGGAUACUGCACGAAAAGUUGAACUUUAUGGAGUUCGAUUUAAUCCGGCUAAGGAUAAUAUUGGAUUAAAUGUGAACUUGACUGUCAUUCACUCAGGGAUAUGUGUUUAUCAAGGCGGUGUUAAAACAAAUAUGUUUUCAUGGGCCAGAAUAAGAAAAUUAAGUUUUAAACGGAAGAAUUUCUACAUAAAAGUACAUCCUGAAGGCUAUGAUGCUAUUGGAUUCUCGUUUAGCACACGAAAUGAAUGUAAAAGCUUUUGGAAACAGUGCAUUGAACAUCAUUCAUUUUUCCGAUGCCAAGCUGUUAGAAAUGUCGGCCGAAAAAGUCGUGUUGUUUCUAAAGGCUCCUCUUUUAG